AUGCCACUCAACGCUCUCCCCCGCGGAGGUAGAAGCAGCAUGGCCGGGUUGGGGUUGAUGGGAGUCGGUUCAGGUGUCGGUAGUGGUCCUGGAUCCCUGAGUCCUGCCUCCCUGUCCCGUAGUCUGUCCCGGCUGAGGGAGUACCGCACACGCACUCGGAUCAUGCUGGCUCUUGGAGUGUCUCAAAUGGUUUUGGGCAGUCUGAUCUUGGCUGUCAGCUUCGCAGCGCUGGCCCUGACCACGUCCCCCCGCGUCCGCCACUCCUGUCCCUUCUGGGCUGGGUUUUCGUGUCAGUGGGACGUCCCGGAGGAGAUCUGCCUGAUGAGCUGCUUUGUGGGAGCUUCGUCAGGUCGCUGUGAAGAGAAGGCGUCAUUAAACUAUUCCACAGAGGAAAAGGCAGGAGUCAGAGCCCACACGCAGAGCUUUGGUGUGUUUCUGCUAGAGGUGCUGUAG